ACACAAUAGCGAUUUAAAUGUUGGGAAGCCAUAUUGAUUACUGGUGAAGUAAGUGUUCUUCGAAUUUUAUCAGUCAACAUCGAUUUCACCGUGCUGUUGAAUUUUGUGCAAGUGGGCAAAUCUAGUCCGAUAAUUAUUCUGGGAUCUGUUUUUGUUAAUUCGUACGGGUGAACGCAUAGCUCAAGUUUAGACUUCCUUCAUUACUUGCCUGUCUGCCUAGAGAACAAUAUGGCUUGCGCUACGUUGAAAAGAACGCUGGAUUUUGACCCUGUUCAUAGCCAUGGAAGAGCUUCUAAGCGUAGGCGAUGCAGUCCUAUGUGUAUAUCGCCUAAUUCUCCACCGACUAAUCAGAUGGAACUUAACCCCUCACCUUUUGUGGAGGUUUGCCCUAAGUUGACGCCUGAAAAAAUGGCGGCAAGUAUUCGUGAAGAAAUUCGGAGACUGCAUCGCCGUAAGCAACUUAAUUUUUAUCCAGGUCAGGAUAGUCCAAGUCAUGAAUCAUCGUCGUCUGAUGGGGCAAUGGAAUCUCCAGGUUCUCCUACUACCUCAAGUUUUGCUACGACUUACUCCCCAUCAACAAAGGAAAAGCCAUUGUUUACUUUUCGCCAGGUUGGGAUGAUUUGUGAACGUAUGUUGAGAGAGCGAGAAAACCAAAUCAGGGAAGAAUAUGAUCGUGUUCUCAAUACUAAAUUGUCUGAGCAAUAUGAUGCUUUUGUCAGAUUCACUUAUGAUCAAAUCCAGAAACGCUUUGAGGCAGCAGCAGUUCCCAGCUACUUGUCCUAAAUUAACAGCUGUUGCUGGUGAAGUUCCAGUACCUCUAGCCAAGCAACAUCUAUCAAGAAACAAGUUUUUUCCUCUUUAGUCUAAAUGCUGUGCCUCAUUAAAUAACUUGCUGAAAGUACUGAAGAGACUAGAAGAGAUGGGUUGAAAUUCAAUUAUGGAAACAGUGUUCAAAGCUUUGGUUCUGUUUCUCCUCUUUCACUUCAUUACGCUUCACCAAAGCUUUUUACAUAAUUCUCUAAAACAGGGAAAGUGUGUGUAUGGCAGGUCCUCCCUCCUCCAUUUUCUUCUAUAAUUAAUUGGUAUGUAGAAAAUUUGUAACUUUCAGCUGAGUACCAUGAACACAUGUGGCCAGUUGGAAAUAAACUGUUUAUAUGUAAUAUGCGUUUAUACUGAAUCAUCAAUCCAAAACUACUGACAUUCAGCAGUCAUUUAGUAGAAUUAUCAUGGAACUUGUUCCUUAGUCUUAGGUAAAACAUUUUGCGAACUUGUUUUGGAGUGGUCCAAAAUUAUUAAUACAUGAAUAUGUUAAUGAACUCCGAUGACUACACAGUGCAAGAGCUGUGCUACACGUGAAUAGUUAUGGUGAAAAAGUAGAUUUGGAACUGUUAAGGUUCCGUUCCCAUGGUGUAUAUAAAUGCACUGUGAGAUGUGGCACCUGUAUUAAUAGUCCUUAAGACUUUAUUUGUAGUGGUGAAUUGUUUGUUAAUAAACACUGUCAUGGAAAUUCAAAUUUAGUGGGAAAUCAGUAAGGCUGUCUCUAUAAAAAUAUAUUAAUUUAAGUUGAUUUUUGAAGCAGGUAUCUUGUUUUAUAAUCUUUAAUUAAGUUGGUGUUGUGUGAAUGAAAUCUUGUAAGGUUUGCUUGUGUUGAAUGCUGUUCUGAAAGAACAGAGGUUUGUGGCAAGAAACUAACUCUUGUAAUACUUCUAAGUUGUUUUUGAAAAUGUUUUCAGAUAGUAAAUAAAAACCUUUUUAUUUGCUGAAGAUAUGCUGGCAUUUGUUAAGAGUGCAGAUUUUGCUUGUAUUGUUGCGAAGUUUAAUGGAAGCACGUUGCUGAGGAGUGUGUGAAAAACCUUAAUGUCCACCAAUUUUUCACUCUUCAGGGAGCACACUUUUAAAUGUAUGUUGAAGACCCUCAUAAGUGAACAUAGAGAUUUAAUAAAUUGUUUUCUUGCAAUACAGGAUAUGUUGAGAAAUGACUGAAAUGAAUGUUUCUAUCUGCACAUUUCAACAUAACAGAAUUAAUAAGCCAUUUAGAACAUGGUUUGUUGAUGAAGAAUUCAGUUAAUAUGUAAAAUAAGGAAUUGACUUACAAAUUUUCUGUGCAUGAACAUUUGUGUUGGUUUGGUGUGUUUAAAAAUUUUGAUGUGAACUGGGCAUGAGUUGAUGAAAUGCUAGUGUUGCUUCUUAUUUCAACCUUGUUAAUGUUUUUAUUUUUAUUUUGUACUUUUAUGCUUUGUCAUAGUGUGCACCAGCAAACAAAAAAGGUAACUGUCCGAAAAGUAACUUAAAAAGACAGGAAUUGUGGAUUUUAUGCUUGAUUGAAAAAUGAAAAAUGGCGAUGUGAAAAUUAUUCGCGUUUGGUAAGAUUCGAAAAAAAUUUCUGAUUUUUAACAAUAGUCGUUAUUGUUUGUUUCAUUAAUAGUUUCUAAAUGUCCUUUACACAAUGUUUAAUACUGAUUAAAAUGUUUGCUAGUGCAUGCUCAAAUCAAAAGCAUUUAGUGUUAGUUUUAUUUUAAUUUGUAAGCUGGUUUUGUUUGAAAACUGACGUUGACAUGUACUCUUGAUUUUAAAAAUUGAAGUAGAUUUUAGACUAGAAGUAAAUGCAUUGCCAUUUAUUGUAGGAUGAGAUACAAUUUCGUGAAAUCAGUUUCGGAGGAAUCUUUGAUGGUUGAAUAAUAAAUGGACAAUAAUUAUUAUUAUGAAACUUCGCCAUACAUCUGUGUUUACCGAUACUCUUGCAAAAUGUGCAACAUGGGAGUAUUGGCUUCUUGAGAAGUGUUGAGUGUAUGUGAAAUGUAAUAGUGCCCUUCAACUUUUAUUGUAGAAAGACAAACAGGAACCGCUGUGCAAGAAGUGUUCGGUUUCCAUCUAUCCAAACAUCUCUGAAAUAUCAUUAUGAAAAUUAAAGUGAGUAGUGAAAUAAAUCGACUAACAGUCAUUAUUAAAAAAUAAGAUGAAUAAUUGCAAUUUUAUUGCAACAAAGGCACAAAGCAUCUAAGAAUAAUAGUCCAACAAAAUGUUCUGUUGGCAAGUUAAUUUUAUCUGUAGCUGUGCAUGGAACUGUAUUAAGUGUUACUUUGUUAGUGGCACGUCCCUGAUAAUGAGCAACUGGACGUGUCACUGGAACUUGUAUAUUUAUUUCAUAUCAUUGACGAUCAGUACAUUAGGAUACGUAUCCUACAGACUACUCUUGACAUAUGUACAUAGGGAUUGCAAAAGGAGAAAACUUCAGUACUCAGCACUGUGAACCGUGUGCAUGUGUAACAGGUACAUAAAUGUGUGGGUGUGUGUGUAGUUGUUCACCCUCACAAGUUUCUAUGAGAUUGCGUAACUUGUAGAUCCUGCUGUAAUUAAUGGAUGGUUUGUAACUUUUUUUUGCCUCAGCCUUAUGGGACCUCAAGCAUGUCAGUUUGUAUUAUACAAUUGAGACAUUGCACAACAUACCCUGUGUGUUGCUCUUUGAAUCUAGAAAUACCUUGUGUAAGUUUAAUUGUGGAAAGAACAAAACUUUUGGCAAUGGAAGGUAGGGAGUUUUGUAUGUUGCCUACAUUCCUAAACCUUUCUGUAUACUACUAGUGAUAGUUCUAUACAAAGCUUCUCAGAACAUUUUUGAUUUAGUUAAGUCUUAAAAAUAUUAGAUUGCAUUGGAUAAUCGUAUCUCAAGGAAGAUCAUUAAAUUUGUGCUGAUUGUCAAUUUUGUUUUUCUAUUCCUCAAUCUCAAACCCAUUUUCAUUUGUGUACUUAAUAAUUUUGAUAAUGGUAAAGAUAUUAAUCUGCUCUUAAAAUUAAAAUACUUUAAAGUAGUAAUUUACCGUUUAAUUGUACUUAAUCCUAGUACUGAGGUCUUUCUGGACCACACGAUUAAUUUAAAUAUUUUUCUGGAUAUUUGCAGGAUAAUUUCAAUUUUCUAGAAUAACCUUUGGGCACUUAAGAAGGCACCAAAGAAUUUUCGGAUCAUACAAAUUUUAUUAGUUACUAAUUUUUUUUUUUUCUUCAUUACAUGGGACCAGAUUGACAUGAAGUAUAGUUUUUCCCACUUGUUACAUAUUAUGAAUUUCAUAAAAUAACUAUACCAUCAGAACUGAUUUAUCUUGAAAUAAUUUUCACAACUUAAAAAUAUUCGUGAAGCAUUACGCAUCAAUGGAGGUUAUUUAUA